AUGGCCUCAGACAAUGUACCCAUGGCAGUCCACAACUGGCUGCGAGGAUCAUAUCCCACGCUCGCCAUCAAAGACAGCUGGCUGGCUGAGGCAACGACCAAGUCAAUCCAAGCUGCGCCUUCUCCACCUACCGACCCACAACUUAUCAGAGCGGUCAACGCUCAGCUCCUCCAUGCCGACCUGGCAAAGAUCGCAAGCGUUGCAGCAUUGCCCAAGGACGUCGCGUCAUGGAAGAGCGGCAAACUGGCGAGCGGGCAAAGAGGCGCUAUCUUGCUCCAAGUCGUGGGAAAGCUAGACAUCGGCGUUUCGGCUCACACACAACUCGAAGUCCUCGAAGCAAGACGAGAUGCUCGGCGUACCUUGGGAGGCGCGGCUCUUCUAGCCCAGCAAGCGCAGGCUUCUGCUAACGCCGCUGCCAGCUCUUCAACACAAGCCGCAGUCGGCGGUUUAGAAGACGACAAGGAUGCCGGAGACCACAUGGCCCAAUUUAAUGCCCAAGAAGAGGCGGCCAGUCUUCCGGCUACAGUCUUUCCUCGAUCAACGCUGCAGCUCGAUCUCAGCGAUGGGUUCAAUACAAUCAAGGGAUUCGAGCAUCAACGCAUCCAUGCGCUCUCGAUGGCUGAUACGGGCCUCGGCGCUAAGCUGCUCCUCAAAAAUGUCGACGUAGUCAAAGGUCUGCUCCUCUUGACGCCAGAGAACACGACUGUCCGGGGUGGCGUGGCGAAGGAGCUGGAGGGAGAUGCAGAGCGCAAGUUGAUUGAUAAGUUGAGAGCCAAGCUGGGGAAGGACCCACUGCCGAGGCAGAGAGCGCCAAUGUCCCCAAGGAUGGAUCAUGGCAUCAUGUCGAGGUCCGCUAGUCGGGGUGCGCUGGAACAGGAGGAGGGGCAGGAAGAUCUCUUCGAAGAGGAGGAAGCCAUCAUGGCCGAAAUGCAGGCUGAACAAGCCGCGGCAGAGGCAGCAGCAGCGGCAGCAUCCAAAGAGGCAUCGACUUCAGGCCCGCGCGUGGCGGCCACUCUUCGCCCAGGAGCUCAAGAAGGUCAGUCCCUGUCCGCCUCUCCCACCUCUUCUUUCAUCCGCCCAGCAGGCAGCGCACUGAGCAAGCGCCCUUUGUCGACACAGGCCGAGGCUGGUGAUACCAGUAGCCGGAGCACGAGAGGCAGUAAACAGGUAGCUGUCAAGGGAGAGCCCCAGGGCGAAGACGAUGACUUUGUCAUGAUGGAGAGAAAUGACGAGGAGAACCCAAUUGUGCUGAGCGACUCGGACUGA